ACCAAGGUCAUACAGCAGCUGAUCACACAUCUGUUAAGGAGUCUCUGUCUGUUAACCCAACCAGAAAUAUGGCCCCCGUCCUGUCCGAGGAUCAGUUUCGAUGCAGCAUCUGUCUGGACCUCUUCAAAAACCCUGUCUCCAUCUCAUGUGGCCAUAAUUUCUGCCUGGCAUGUAUUAAACGCUUCUGGGAUUCGAGACAUAAGCUGGAGUGUCCGCUCUGCAGAGAGACUUUCAAAAAACGCCCAGAUCUCAGGAUCAACGUCGUGUUAAAAGAGAUCACUGAAGCAUUCAAAAGAUCUCUGAAGGGCAAGCCAGUUUACAAGGUACAGCCAAGAAAGAAAGCUCUCCCUAAGGAACCCUCCAUGUCUGAUGAAGUCCCCUGCGACAUCUGCUACGACAGCCAAAUAAUGGGUGUCAAGUCGUGCCUUGUCUGCAGGAAGUCUUACUGUGAAGUUCACCUGACACCUCAUCUGAGGGAUCAAGUGUUGACCAAGCACACGCUGACUGAUCCCGCCACCUUUGUCAACAGUCACCUCUGCAAACAACACAACAUGCUCCUGGAGAAGUUUUGUGAGAGCGAUAAUUUACCUGUUUGUUUGAAAUGCACAGAGAAGGAACACAAACACCACAAGAUUGUUCCUAUGGACACGGAGACCAAGAAGAUCAGGUCUCAUAUGAGAAAGCUCAACGCAGAGUUCGAACAGGCAAUCCACACCAUGCUCAACAAGUGUGACGAGAUCAAGGCUUCAGUGGACUUGGGCAAAGUAAAUAAAGACAGAGAGAUAGAGGAAAGUGUUAAGGUUGCCACAAUGGUGAUAAGCACCAUAGAGACAAACCAGGCGUUGCUCAUUAAGCACAUGGAGGAGAAGCAACAAGCCUCUGAAAGGUCAGCGGAGGGGCUUCUCAAAGAGAUUGAGUGGGAGAUCAACGACCUGCAGAUUAAACGCACUGAGCUGCAGCAACUGGAGCACACAGCGGAACCCCUUCAUCUCAUACAGAGUUUCUCGUCUCUGAGUGCUCCAACAGGAACGAGGGACUGGUCGAAGGUCACAGUGCUCUCAGAAGACUACCUUGGGAUGGUUAGGACAGCUUUCUCCAACCUGGUGAAAGCCUGCAAUGAAAUGGAAAAGAAACUAUCAGCAGAUGAAGCCAUCCAACUGAGUCUAUAUGCAGUGGAUGUGACUCUGGAUCCUGCAACCGCUUCAGGCUGGCUCAUUCUGUCCCCGGAUGGAAAAAGGGUAAGCCUAAGUAGCCAGAAACUCAGUCGCCCAGUGGAUACCCUCAGGUUUGACUCCUGUGUCUCUGUUCUCGGGAAACAAAGUUUCACCUCUGGAAGAAGCUACUGGGUAAUCCAGGUGAGUGACAAAAGCGACUGGGAUCUCGGAGUGGCGAGGGAGUCCAUUAACAGGAAGGGGGCCAUCAUGGUGCGUCCUGACAGCGGGUACUGGGCGAUCUGCCGAAGAAAAGGCGGCAGUCUGAGUGCCUGCACUGGUCCCUCCGUCACCCUCAAUCUCCAGGCCGUCCCAAAUAAAGUGGGCGUGUUCCUGGAUUACGGGGCGGGGUCCGUGUCCUUCUACGACGCCGAGGCAAAGACCCACAUCUACACUUACAUCGGGUGUUCCUUCACUGAGCCUCUGUAUCCGUACUUAAACCCAUGUCUCCAUGACAACGGCAAGAACACAGCGCCGCUGGUUAUCUGUCCGGUAGAGCUCGGGUCUCCUGGCGAGGCUAUGUUGUUUUAAAGUGGAGACUUCAAAAUGACUUUUGAGCUCUAUGAGAAAUUUUUGAAUUGGAUGCAGAGUACAUACCGAUGUUAAGAUCUACACAGCCAGUUGCAGAAUGCAGUACAAUGCACUACAUUAAAGCUGUGUCACUCCGGUAUCCUACAAACCUGAUGUCCCCGUUAACAGGUGUCCUCGUGCCCCAGUAACGUCUUCUGCUCAUCUAAGACAUCUAUGGGGGCUUUUCUGUAAAGAUACAACACCUAAAGCUGUUCAUAGCUGUGUUUUAACCCCCCCCCCCCCCCAAAAUACUACCUGCUACAGAGUUAAGCCGUUUUCACAUAUGCACUCCGGAUAAUAUCUAGAUAUUUACCGGAGGACUGCUCCGGAGAUUCUCCCGAACUAGUCGUUCACAUAUGCUCCUCACAGCGGGGGACUUUUCCUGUCAGAGGGGAGGGGGGGCGGGGGAUUUCCCGAGGUAAGACGUGACGUAAACAAACAACGGGGAAGUAGCGGCCGAAGCAACAGAGUCCGCUACACGACGCUAUAAUGAGAAUAUUUGCCUUUAUAUCAAUGCUGUGUGUAAUCCAAUGGAAUGACAACAUCCACAAAAGAGAGGAGAACAACAUGCUGACGAACAGAAAACAGAAUGCAGCCGUUUUGUUACGUGCACGGAGAUCGUAGUGGUCGCGUGCAGACACUUUAGCCAGUCACUGUAUAAACGUCACUCGUGUCCCAUUGGCUUGACUUGAAAAUCUCCGGUGUAUAUUCGGCCGCGUUCAGACAUCAGCUCACUCGGAUAUUCUGCGGAUAAAAUACUAGGGGUCUGGCCGGAGAAACUCUGGGUAAAGUCCACGGCUGUUCGCGUUCACACACAGCCUAAAGAACCUCCGGGUAGCCAAAUCUCCGGAGUUUUUCAGGAGAUUUCCGUAUGUGUGAAAAGGGUUUUAGAGAGAUCUCAACUUCAGGAAACACACAAAAGAGAAACGGGGUGUAGGAGUUUACUCAACGGUUUCACUAUGCAGAUGCUGCAAAAGGGGAAAAAGGUGAACUCCCGAGAACAGAGGCGGGAAAACCGAUGCGGGUCGUGGAAAUAGUACGUUGCUGUGAAAGAAAACUUGGCAGCAGAAGUUCAAGAAAAGUAAAGAGAGAAAACUUGACAGGACUGUAAAUACCUUAUUGUAUAUUCUAAUAAUCCUGUUCCAGUAUGGAGUCAAUUUAAGCCACCACUAACUGUGGAACUAAAUGAUAUGGUGUUGAUCCAGUGGGAAAUGAAGAUUUUAAUCCUGAAUCACAUGUAUGUAAUAUAAAAGUUAUUGGAUAUUUUGUCUUUGACUCUGGUAAUGAAGCUUGUUUUUUAGAUCUUUUAGUGCCUUUAUGGGAGAGAUAGGUGGAUAGAGUUGGAAAUCAGGAAGAGAGAGAGAGAGAGAGAGAGGGGAAUGACAUGCGGGAAAGGAGCCACAGGUGGGAUUUGAACCUGGGCCGCCUGCUUGGAGGACGAAACCCUCAGUACAUUAGGGGUGCGCACUAACCACUGCGCCACCAGCACCCCGAUGUAGUUUAUUUUUUAUGCUCUCAAUACUCAUUUACAGCUGAUAAAUGUUUUAUCGCUUUGUGAACUGAUUUAUUUGUGCUUACCUUUGUGAAGAAAAAGAGAGAAACUAGAGGAGUCAUUUUUCUGAGGAUGUAAGCUUACACUGUACAUACACUGUAAACAUUUUGAUCUAAAUAAAGAUAUUUCUUUCUCAAUAAGAAAA